CGGAGCCGGUGGCGGUGGGGUGGGUUUGGCUUGGAGGGGCGCUGCUGUCGGUGGGCGGCGGCACCGGCAGGGGACCGGCUAUGGAUGCCACCACGCUGGAGCUGGACGCGGUGAAGUUCGCGCAGCUGGCGGUGCAGCGGGACCAGAGCGGGCGCUACCAGGAAGCUGUCUUCUAUUACAAGGAAGCUGCACAAGCUUUGAUUUAUGCUGGGAUGGCAGGGUCCAACUUGGAAAAUAUUCAAGAAAAAAUAAAUGAGUACUUGGAGAGAGUUCAAGCUCUCCAUUCAGCAGUUCAGUCACAGAACACAGACCCUCUGAAGUCAAAACAACAGUUGGACUUGGAGCGUGCUCGCUUCCUAGUUACACAGGCUUUUGAUGAAGAUGAUAAAGGCAACGCAGAAGAAGCUAUAGAGUUGUACACAGAAGCAGUGGAACUCUGUUUGAAAACAGCUAAUGAAACUUCAGAAGCAGGCCCCCAGUCAAAACUGAAACAGCUGGCUCGGCAAGCACUGGAUAGAGCAGAGGCACUGAAGGAAUCUCUGUCAAAGUCAUCUCAGAAGGAGAAGUCAACUGCAGCUAAACCAAAUCAGCCAGUCAGAACAUUCUUUCCAUUGGGACCUGAUUUUUCUUUAAAUGAUAAACCACAGACGAUCAGAGCAGUACAAGCUAGUGAAUCUCAAGGCCAGAGAUACACUGCAGAGGAGAUUGAAGUACUCAGGAAGACUUCAAAAAUUAAUGGCAUUGAAUAUGUACCUUUCAUGAGUGUUGAUCUCAGGGAACGUUUUGCCUUCCCUAUGCCAUUUUCUGAUAAAUGUGGGAAGUUACCAUUAUCCCCCAAACAGAAAGCAAUGUUUGCCAAGUGGGUGCGACCAGAUGACAUAACAAAUAACCCUACGAUGAUUUAUACUGUAUCAAGUUUCAGCAUAAAGCAGACAAUAGUAUCAGAUUGUUCUUUUGUGGCAUCACUAGCAAUCAGUGCAGCAUAUGAAAGAAGAUAUAACAAAAAAUUGAUCACAAGUAUAAUUUACCCUCAGAAUAAGAAAGGAGAACCAGAAUAUAAUCCAUGUGGCAAAUACAUGGUGAAGCUUCAUAUCAAUGGUGUACCUAGAAAGGUAAUCAUAGAUGACCAGUUACCUGUUGAUCAUAGUGGGGAACUUCUCUGCUCUUAUUCUAACAAUAAGAAUGAAUUAUGGGUAUCGCUAAUAGAAAAGGCUUACAUGAAAGUCAUGGGAGGAUAUGAUUUUCCUGGAUCAAAUUCUAAUAUUGAUCUUCAUGCACUGACUGGUUGGAUACCUGAAAGAAUUGCUAUGCACUCGGACAAUCAAGCUUUCAAUAAAGACAGUACUUUCAGAAUGCUUUAUCAGAGAUUUCACAAAGGAGAUGUCCUUAUCACAACAGCAACAGGGGUGAUGUCUGAAGAGGAAGGAGAAAAAUGGGGUUUAGUUCCAACCCAUGCAUACGCAGUCUUGGAUAUAAGAGAAUAUAAGGGACUUCGAUUUCUUCAGUUAAAAAAUCCCUGGAGCCACUUACGUUGGAAAGGACGAUACAGUGAAAACGACACAAGAAAUUGGACCCCAGAUUUACAAAAAUAUUUGAACUUUGAUCCCAGAACAGCUCAGAAAAUAGACAACGGCAUUUUCUGGAUUGCCUGGGAGGACCUGUGCCAGUACUAUGAUGUUAUUUAUUUGAGUUGGAACCCAAGUCUUUUUAAAGAAUCUACAUGUAUUCACAGUACUUGGGAUGCAAAGCAAGGGCCGGUGAAGGACGCCUACAGCCUGGCUAAUAAUCCUCAGUACAAGCUUGAGGUCCAGUGUCCACAGGGUGGUGCUGCUGUCUGGGUUCUGCUUAGCAGGCACAUCACAGAUAAGGAUGACUUUGCACACAAUCGGGAAUUCAUUACAAUGGUUGUAUACAAGACUGAUGGCAAAAAAGUUUACUAUCCAGCUGAUCCUCCUCCGUAUAUUGAUGGUAUUCGGAUCAACAGUCCUCAUUAUCUGACCAAGAUAAAGCUGACCUCUCCGGGGACACAUACGUUUACCUUAGUGGUGUCCCAGUACGAGAAACAAAACACUAUCCAUUACACCAUCAGGGUGUAUUCCUUGUGCAAGUUCACCUUUUCCAAGAUUCCUACACCCUACACCAUUUCGAAACGGGUUAAUGGACAGUGGAAAGGUCACAGUGCUGGAGGAUGUGGAAACUUCAGAGACACCUACAAAAAUAACCCCAUUUAUCAAUUCCAGCUGGACAAGAAUGGGCCAUUAUUAAUUGAACUACGGGGACCAAGGCAAUACAGCGUUGGUUUUGAACUCGUCACGGUCUCAACAGUAGGAGAUCCUGGUUCCUAUGGCUUUCAGAAGAAGAGCAGUGGUGACUACAGGUGUGGAUUUUGCUACUUGGAAGUGGAGAACAUAUUUGCUGGAGUUUACAACAUUAUCCCCACCACAUUCCUGCCUCAGCAAGAGGGUCCUUUUUUCUUAGAUUUUAACAGUGUUACUCCUAUUAAGGUAUCGCAGCUGCAGUGAGGAGACAGAUCUGCGCGUUAGCGUUUAAGGAGGUGGUUUUGAUCUGUCCUACAGUCUCAGAACAGGUGAAUAACUCGUACUGCACAUAUGCAUAAAAGAAAAUUACAUUGAAAGUUAUAACCAAAAGCAUGGAAUCACCAAUUAGCCAGUUAAUUGUGGUAGACAAUUAGCUGUGGGUUUUGCUGCUACGGUAUUGGAGUGAGCACUGUUCAACAGCUUGUGAACAGGCUAAAAUGCUUAAAUGAACUGACAGGAUUCAAUUUAUUGCAGUUUUUCCCCACUUCAAAUCAAAGUCUAGUGAGUUAAGAGGAAAAAAUAAAUAACAUAAAAAUUCUCUUCUCCCAAAAUACAGGGUAUAUGGGUUUAAGAUUUUAUUCUUAAAAGUAAACAUGUAAGGAAAAAAAAUAUGCUUGUGUACUCUGCUUAUUCAGUCUCAGGACCAACUAGCUUUGACUACAUAUUUGUGCUGCUAUUUAUCUUGAAUGUUUUCAGCAUUGAACUAAUUCUUGCAUCUAAAAGUAAAUUUGCUACUGCUGAGCAUGUGGUAUUCCAAACUAACACGCUCAGAAUAUGUGUAUAGGGUAAAGGAAAAAAGGAAGAUUCGCACCUUAGCUAAUCCUAAAAGAAAAGCAAUGGCUUUGCUGGUGUUACAUGUACUUUGAGAGCUGUUUUAUUUCGUAUCUAUAUUACUUUAUACAUAAUAUUACAGCACAAGGUGCUCUAUGGCUUUCUUCAUACUAGCUGCAAGACCCAGCUCGAUGCAGAUCAGCAGUAAAUUAAGGAGAGGAGCCAGCAGCAGUGUACAGACAGCGCAGCUCACCCUUCGUUUAGCGGGUGGGAGAGGUUUUACAUCUAAAGCUGCACUAUAAAAUUCUCUGUAUCUACUGAGGUGGUCUCAUUUGCUGGUGGGAGGAGGUAGGCAACCACCCACCAUCAGCAUCCCAGCAAAGGAAUGUUUUAGUCUCAAUAUUUUUGUAAGUAUUCAGCUUGUAGGGGAAGGAUCUUUUAAACCUCUCCCCCCUAAUAAACCACAGCUGCAAGAAACGCACUUGCUGAUCCUGUUAUACAAGGCAUCUUUUAAAAGGUACCUUUUUCUUUUAAGCUGAAACCAGUGAAUGAAUUGAGCGCUUGGCCAGUGUCAUCAAUAGGAGUUGCGUCAAAGGUCUUCAGAAAAUAGUGGAAGUGGGAUUAGUCUAGAAUAAGAUUUAAAAUUCCGCUAGACUGGACAUUUGGAGGAGAUGGUGUUUGUAAAACAGCCAUCGGGAGUUCUCUGCCAUUCAGGUUGGCUUGGCGGAUUUCCAAGCAAAAGAAAGUGGCAUUUAAAUCUUAUUUUAGAGCACAGGUAUAAUUUGGUCAUUGGGAAACUGAGCACACGCUUUAAGGAGUACCAGAAAUAUUAUCUGUGGGCUAAAAUUGUUCCUGUGAAGUCUGCUAUUAGCCCUCUCCAGAAAGUACAAGAUGCCUUUUGUUUCAUUUCCUUCAUCAGACAGCUGCUUAACAAAUGUCUAGCUUUAAAAGGGCAUUGAAAACAAAUGCCUUUCCGACUGCAGUUCUCUCAAAGACCAUCUGGGCGAGGAAAUUUGUGACGAGUUUGUCACAGUGUGACUGACUUACCUUCUUUUGCAGGGAAGUUUCUGAUGAUUAUUGCAACCAAUCAACACAGGGAACAGCACAGGCACAAGCUGAGCAAAAAUUAGGUUUUCUGUGGUGAUCCGUAGCUUUCAGGAAUACGUGCCAAGGACUGCUUCAUCCCCACAAAAUUAAAGUUUCAUUCAGCUCGCAUUUUCCCUACAAAUUUGUGUGAAAUUAGCUCAGUCUAAACCAGAGCAGCAGUGGAGGCUUGCAUAUAUUUUAUCACUUAUGAAGUUAGAGGUAGUCAGGAAGUCUCAACUGAGUAUAUUUUUGACAGUACAAAAGGCAGAGGCCAGAACUACCAGCUUUCAGCUACAGGCUCUUGCGCAUCCUCAGCUGUUUGAGAUCAAGCUGGUAGCCUUGCCUACAGUAAAAUCUGUUGUUGUUCUUCUAUAGUUGGUUUCUACUCUGCAGGAGGGGUUUUUUUCUUUCCUUUUCCCCCUGCUGAGCACAAUCUAAUGCCAAAGCCUACGCUGGAUGCAAGGGUAAAGCUCAGCUUCCAUACUCUGCUAAACUAUGUUCAGUAUCAGCGUCCUUGAUAAGGCAAGUCCUAUUCAAACAUUUCACGGGCUACUAGAAUACCAACACUCAGGUGGAAUAUUUAAAAGGAAAUUAUAAAUUCUAGAUUGUGGUUGUGGCAAAUUAAUUUUACAACAAACUUUUCUCUCCCUUUUUUCUUUGAAAAAAAAAAAAAGUGUUCAUGUAAGCACUUACGAUUUGUCAAAUACAUACUUCUAUAUUUUUUUCCACAAAUAAAUCUGGAAAAAAUUAUUGGAAAUUGAACCGAUCCUUAGAUUUUUAACACAGCCUCAGGCCAACAUCUAGGUUAAGCUUUUCUUGCCCUUAUACCGUUUAAUUUUUCAAUCCAUAUGACAGAGAAUAUUAGAUGCUGAUGUAAGCAUGGAAAUGCUAUGCAGCAAGACUUUUAGAAAGGAAUAAGACCCGUGUGUGCAAAAAUUUAAGUAGCUGCGCAACAGCUCAGACUGUAACAAAGGUACAUGGGUCAUGUUACUUCACUUCCAGUUAGACAGUCAUGAACCUCUUGACCCUUAAAUCUUCUCUGCCUGUAAACAUGCAAUUCGAGCUUUUAAACAUUAAAAUACUAAGGCCCAUAAAUUAUACCACCCAGCAUCCUGCCCUCUUAAGUUGUUUGUCCCACACUGUACAGUUCUGAGCUACCGCCUGAGCUAGAGAGUGGGGGGGGGCAACAGACAAAAUGAAAGCCAGUUGCUGUCAGGGGCUUUAAGAAGUUUUACAAUUUCUUUGAAAACUACUACCAAGAAAUGAUUUUUAAUUCUCCAUCAGUCGUGCAGAGGGAUAACUGGAGAUAGUGUCUUCAGAGUUCUGACAUUCUGUUUACUUAUGCACUGCAAAACCUUUUCUCUGUAUUAUUAGUAUUUUUUUUUUAAAUCCUACUUUAAAGCUCCAUCCAAGCCCCCAUAAUGCUGCUGUUUAUAGCUCAGGGUGAGACACCCCAGACACACACAUCGCCCAGGUCGUUUUGUUCGGAAGACGUAGGUCAGUCCGUGGUCAAUCCAACCCAUCCCUUCUGAAAGACUGGGUGAGCGGUGGUACAUGGAUGAGUGGUGGUACACGGAUGAGUGGUACCAACAGCUUCUAUCCCAUCUGCCCCGAGUCUGAGAUUCAGCCCUUGUUUCCUGAUGCAAGUUUCAUGUAACUAUUUUGUACAGUGAUUAUGCACUUGACCACACAAUCGAUGUGAUGUUUGAGCAGCCAGCUGUUCAGAACUAAGUUUGUGUACAUAUGAUAGAGAUUUUCAUCACUUAGUCAAAAAGGACAUUUAGAUUGUUUGAUGAUACCAAAGAGCAGUAGAAUUCCGAGGUUAACAUUUGCUUUAUACAUUCUCACUUCAGGACAGCUGAAGUGAUCACGUAUACUUUGAUACACCAGAGGCUUAUUUUUAUACCCAUGAAGGCAGCUACCAUCAUGUUACACAUCAGAACGCAGAAAGAGCUCCAACUAGAGAAAGCUCAUUCACUUUCCUGUAGUCCAUAGUGAUGUAUGUUCAUUUAAGUUUGUCAUAUUUAUAAUUAUGGCUUUUAUGAAGUUCAAAAUAAAAUGAGUUUUCCAUUAAUUUAUUA